UCUCCAAUUUUCUGUACGUUUUUUGACUAGUCUCGAACCUCCAGUGCGCUGUAUGUGGGACUGUCUUUCAUCGACAAUCGUAGUCCCGCCAAACUUAACUCAGUUGUUCGUUUUUGUCACGCGGAUUAAUAUCAAAAGAUUAAAAUGGUCAAACGGAAGGUUGCUGAAGUUGAGGAAAAGCCUGCAGAAGUAGCAAAAACAGCAACAAAAUCAACAGCAAAACAAGCUGCAAAGCCAAAAGCAGUUGCGAAGAAAGGCAAAGCUACUGUUAGCCCACAGCAAAGCCCUGUGAAAAAAGUUGCUGUUCCAAAAGCAGCUAAGCUCACAAAAGUACCUGCACCAGAACCUGCGAAAUCCAAAGCAACCCCUGCACCAAAAGGCAAAGCAAAGAAAGCAACAGAAGCAGAUGAUGAGGUCCCUACGAAAGCAAAACGAACUACUAAAACUGUUGCUAAAGAAACAACCACAGUUGUAAAAGCAGUAAAGACACCAAAGCCUAAACCUUCACCAGCCAAGCCUAAAAAGAUUUCAGCUGCCAAAGCUCCUAAGGUUCCUAAAGUGGCUACACCAGAAAAGAAAAAGCCAGCCACAGCUAAGGCAAAGAAGGCUGCAUCUGAAAUGGAAACAUCUUCUGAUGAUAGUCCUGCAGAAGUAAUCAACGAAAAAAAGAAUAAAGAAACGAAAAAAACAGAAACCGCCGAAGCUCGAAAGCGACCGAAGCCAGCUAAAGAAGUUGUCGCGGCUAAGAAACCUAAACUUGAAAUAGUUGUUCCGUUUCGUCAAAAACGUGGAACUGGUAUGGUUCUUUGCAUGGGCCAAGGUGACGUGGGUCAGCUAGGAUUAGGCCCUGAUGUUUUGGAAAAGAAUCGGCCGGCCUUAGUAGAUCAAGUCAAAGAUGUCAUAGAUGUAGUAGCCGGUGGUAUGCACACAGUCUGCCUAACUAGUAAAGGCGAAAUUUACACAUUUGGGUGUAAUGACGAGGGAGCUUUGGGUCGUGAUACUAGCGAAGAAGGUAGCGAAUUCGAACCUGGACUAGUCAAUUUGCCUGGUAAAGCAACAUUAAUAUCGGCGGGAGAUUCGCAUACUGCUGCUUUGUUAGAAGACGGACGAUGUUUUAUCUGGGGCACAUUCCGUGAUUCUCACGGGCCUAUGGGACUUAACGAGACUGGUUCGCAAAAGUUGCCAGUACCUAUUCUAGAAGGCAUACCUAUGACUCAAAUUGCUUCUGGUGCCGACCAUCUAGUUUGCCUGUCUUCCGACGGCCAGGUCUAUACUUGUGGUUGUGCUGAACAGGGACAGUUGGGUCGCGUUGCUGAAGUGUUUUCCAACCGAGGAGGCCGCAAAGGCAAGAAUUACCUACUAACACCCCAGCCGGUCGCAUUGGGCAAGGGAAAGAAACGUGUUGUCAUCGACAGUGUGUGGACAGGGUCUUAUGCGACGUUUGCCCGUGCCAAAGACACUGGCCUGAUUUAUGUCUUCGGCCUUAACAACUAUAAUCAACUUGGACUCCCGAGCCAAGACGCGCGUUUCCAACCUGAAGUUUCCGAUGGUUUCAAGGGACACCGUUGGCAAAGCAUUUCCUGUGGCCAGCACCACACGCUAGCUUUGGACGAAAAUGGUCUCGUUUACAGUCUCGGCCGUAAAGAAUACGGACGUUUGGGUAUGGGUGCUGACGCAAAAGAUUUAGCUGUCCCCACGCCAAUCCCAGCACUUCAGUCACAAAAAUGUGUGGACGUCACAGCCGGUGAAUCUGUUUCCCUAGCCGUCACGGAAUCUGGGAUGGCCUUUUCCUGGGGAAUGGGUACGAACGGCCAGCUUGGACUUGGGCACGAAGAUGACGUGCUAGAACCAACAACCAUCAAGGGGAAACAAUUAGAAAACCGAUUGGUUUUUCUGGCCUCUGCAGGUGGUCAACACACAGUUUUAUUAGCUGCCGAAAAAUCUUCAACCACCGUAGCUCCACCCGCUGCUACGCAGGCUCGAACUGCUGCCGUCGCCAACUCGUCGGCGGACUAGAAUAGUUCCCAUUCCAAGUCGUCAAAAACCUAAAUCUGAUGUGUUCAUCCCCUACCUGUUCACUUCCAAUUUAAAAAGACUUGAAUACCGCUUU